CAGCGCGAACAAAUUUAAAAAUAUAACAUUUUUUUUUUCAAUCCAGCCAGUACCCCGUCACCUGUGACGUGGCACAGAUAACCAAAUCACUUUUUAAUUUGUAUAGUGAUGCGGGAAAAUGUUUAAAAAUAGUGAGUUUGUAAUUAUUACAGCUGAAAAUCUAUUCGGUGACAAAAUUGUGGCCUCGCGCGGCCGUUUGGGGAUUUAGUGUUUCUAAAUGUGGUGAUUGUUCUUGUGUGAGUGAUGAAACGCAGAAAGUGAAGAUUUUGGAUUUGAUAUAAAUAGGAUAAACUAAGGUCAAGAUGGCGGAGGCUCAAAUAGGAGCUACCACUCCUGGUGCUGACAGUGUGGUGGACCCCACGGCGGUGGUAGCCAAGAAGAAGGAGAAGUCCAGACCCAGGGGAAAACCCAUGCCAGAACGGCCAGUGCGGAGCCUCUUUUGCCUACACAAAGAGAAUAAAUUUAGGGUCUUUUGUAUUGAUAUUGUGGAGUGGAAACCAUUUGAGUACAUGAUAUUAACGACUAUAUUCGCCAACUGCAUAGCUUUAGCUGUUUUCACGCCUUAUCCGUCCGGAGAUACAAAUAAUACUAAUCAGAUAUUGGAAAAAGUGGAAUGGGUGUUCAUGGCUAUAUUCACUGGUGAAUGCUUCAUGAAGAUCAUAGCAUACGGAUUCCUGUUCCAUCCUGGUGCUUAUUUGAGGAACACGUGGAACAGUCUGGAUUUUACUAUAGUUACUAUUGGUAUAGCUAGUCAAGUGAUGCAGUACAUUUGGCGGGACUCAUUCGAUGUGAAAGCUUUGAGGGCUUUCAGAGUGCUGCGGCCGCUGCGGUUGGUGUCCGGAGUGCCGAGUCUACAAAUAGUAUUGAACUCGAUCCUAAAGGCGAUGGUUCCUCUCUGCCACAUCGCCUUCCUGGUACUCUUCGUCAUCAUCAUUUACGCCAUCAUAGGUUUGGAGCUGUUCUCAGGAGCCCUACACGUAACCUGCUUCACCAAUGAUACAGAAAGGGAAAUGAUAGAAGACCCUAACCCUUGCAGCAAUGAUGGCAUGGGUUUCAGGUGCCCCCCUGGGUACCUUUGUACAGAAUACUGGGAGGGUCCCAAUUUUGGAAUAACGAAUUUUGAUAAUAUAGGCUACGCUAUGCUCACAGUCUUCCAAUGCAUCACACUGGAAGGGUGGACUGAUAUUAUGUAUGCUAUCACAGAUGUCAAAGGCAAUUUAUUCUCAUCCGUAUAUUUUGUGACUUUGGUUAUAUUUGGCAACUUUUUCGUGAUGAACCUGAUUCUUGGUGUGUUGUCUGGAGAGUUCUCAAAAGAAAGAGAGAAGGCGAAAAGCCGCGGUGACUUCCAGAAGUCCAGAGAGAGGCAGCAGUUCGAAGAGGAUCUGAAAGGAUACCUCAACUGGAUCACAGUGGCCGAGGAACUGGAUUUAGACCCUAACCUAAAGGAACAAGAUUCAGAUUCGCAAGGUAAAAACGACAGAAAAAGCAACGACGGGUCGCAAACUGAAGUGAAUGAGCAGGUCCAUCAUAGCACUUGUAAAGCCUACUUCAAGAGGUUUGAUAAGGUAAAUCGGCGUAUGCGCAGGGCAUGCAGGAAAGCUGUGAAAUCUCAAGCGUUUUAUUGGUCCAUCAUUGUACUAGUAUUCCUGAAUACUAUGGUCCUGGCUACAGAACACUACAAACAAAGCCCGUGGCUGGAUGACUUCCAAAACUAUGCGAAUUAUUUGUUCGUGGUUUUGUUCACAAUGGAAAUGCUGGUCAAAAUGUACGCUCUGGGUAUUCAGGGUUACUUCGUCUCCCUCUUCAACCGGUUCGACUGUUUCGUCAUGUUCUGUUCCAUCGUGGAGUUGGCUCUGACCCUCACUGAGACGAUCCCACAGCUGGGCAUUUCGGUGUUACGCUGCGUCAGGCUGUUGCGUGUCUUCAAAGUCACUAAGUACUGGCGAUCACUGUCCAACCUAGUCGCUUCUCUUCUCAACUCGAUCCAGUCCAUCUUCUCAUUGCUUCUGCUUCUCUUCUUGUUCAUCAUGAUCUUCGCCCUUUUGGGCAUGCAAGUUUUUGGCGGGAAAUUCGAUUACGAGCCGGAGGAACAGAAGGAGAGACACAAUUUCGAUUCAUUUUGGCAAGCUGUGCUGACUAUGUUUCAGAUCUUAACUGGUGAGGAUUGGAACGUGGUGAUGUACCACGGCAUUAACGCUUACGGGGGGGUCGGUACCCCGGGCAUGCUCGCUUCAGUAUACUUCAUUGUUAUUUUCAUCUGUGAUAUCCUACUGAACGUCUUCUUGGCUAUCGCUGUGGACAACUUGGGCGACGCCGAGGAGAUGGACGAAAUUGAGAAAGUUAAAGAGGAAGCCGAAAACCCAGAAGCUGGUAAUCCACAAUUGGAUGAGGAGAGAGGGGAGACUGAUGAUGAAUACCUGAAUGAAGAAGAAGGAUAUUCUAGUGAAGGAUCGGAGCAUGAAUACGAGGAGACUGAAUCAGAAGAGGAGAUGGAACAUCAGGAUCAAGACGAGACUGAUGAUGCUAAUGAUGCACUGGUUAAUAGUGAAAAAAAGCAAAACGGUGAUAUAAAAAAAGAAGAGUCAGCAUUAAAACGAGCUGAGACAAUAACAGCCCGACCUCGAAGACUUUCAGAAAUCGAGAUCAAGUCGCAGGAGAAACCCAUCCCUGAUGGCAGCAGCUUCUUCAUAUUCUCCAAAACUAAUUGGUUCCGUGUGACCUGUUACAAAAUCCAGAACAAUUCCUGGUUCAAGAACAUGAUUUUGGUUUGCAUCCUGGCAUCCUCCCUCAUGCUGGCGAUGGAAGAUCCCGUUGUAAGAGAAGACAAUAAAGGGAAGGCUGAUACGCUAAAGAAAAUAGACUACUUCUUCACCGCUGUUUUCACUCUAGAACUCGUACUGAAACUCAUCACAUACGGCUUUCUAUUCCACAAAGACGCGUUCUGCCGCUCAGCUUUCAACGUUCUGGAUCUCCUUGUGGUCGUGGUAUCACUGGUUUCUUUGAGUGGGUCUGGAUUAUCAUUCAUUAAAAUCCUGAGAGUUUUCCGUGUGUUAAGACCUUUAAGGGCCAUCAACAGGGCGAAGGGUUUAAAGCACGUAGUUCAGUGCGUGAUUGUAGCAAUCAAAACGAUUGGAAAUAUUUUGCUGGUCACAAAUCUUCUGCAAUUCAUGUUCGCGGUCAUGGGCGUCCAAAUGUUCAAGUAUGUGGUGAAGUGUGUGUUUGCUGCUAUAAAGUCUAUUGGAAAUAUAUUUAUUAUUAAUAAUAUGCUGCAAUUUAUGUUUUCUGUAAUGGGUAUUCAGUUGUUUAAGGGAAAAUUCUCAUCUUGUAAUGAUGUUACGAAACUGACAGAACAAGAUUGCAAAGGUUCUUAUUUGAUAUACAAGAACGGGGAACCGACCAUAGAAGAUAGACAGUGGACUAACAAUAAAUUCAAUUUUGACGAUGUACUUAGCGGUAUGCUGACUUUGUUCACCGUGUCCACAUUUGAAGGAUGGCCUGGAUUAUUAUCAACAUCAAUGGAUUCAAACGAGGAGGAUCAUGGACCAAUAGAAAAUUCCAGACCUCUCGUGGCAUUUUUCUACAUUAGUUAUAUUAUUGUUAUUGCAUUUUUCAUGGUUAACAUAUUCGUUGGUUUUGUCAUAGUUACAUUCCAAAAAGAGGGAGAGCAGGAGUUCAAGGAUUGUGAAUUGGACAAAAAUCAGAGGAACUGCAUUGAGUUCGCUUUGAAAGCGAAGCCUGUGAGAAGAUACAUUCCCAAACACCGAAUCCAGUACAAAACUUGGUGGUUCGUCACGUCCGAGCGGUUCGAGUUCUUCAUCUUCUUCUUCAUCGUGUUGAACACCGUCACUUUGAUGAUGAAGUUUCACGGCGCUUCGGCGGAUUACAAAAAGGUGUUGGAUUAUUUCAACAUGAUAUUAACGACGGUGUUUAUGCUCGAGUUUGUGUUCAAAUUAGCUGCAUUUAGGUUUAAGAAUUAUUUCGGAGAUGCGUGGAACGUGACUGACUUUAUUCUAGUGGUGGGUAGUAUCAUCGAUAUUGUGGUCACGCAAGUUAACGAGAACAACCCUGAUUUGCCUGUAUUGGACACUACUCAGUCUCAGGCGGCGCCGAAGGAUGAAGGCACUCUUCUAAAAUACGUCACUUUCUUCCGUCUUUUCCGAGCUAUGAGAUUGAUCAAACUCCUGUCAAGGGGAGAGAGAAUCAGGACACUUCUGUGGACAUUCAUCAAGUCCUUCCAGGCUCUUCCAUAUGUGGCUCUGCUGAUUGUUCUGCUGUUCUUCAUUUAUGCUGUAGUGGGCAUGCAGCUUUUUGGUAAAAUCGACAAUGAUGACGAGGUGAUAACUAGGCACAACAACUUUCAGACAUUCGGCAACGCAUUGAUGGUGUUAUUUAGGUCUGCCACAGGUGAAGCGUGGCAAGACAUUAUGAUGGCGUUAUCAACAGACACCAGUGAAAGACCUAACGACCCUCCGAAGUGUAUCAAGUCAGAUCUGCAGGAGAACCUAGGGGGUGAAUCAAACGAUGAGAACUGUGGAAACUGGCUGGCAUUCCCUUAUUUCAUAUCAUUCUCUCUGCUUUGCACAUUUUUGAUUAUCAACUUGUUUGUAGCAGUCAUUAUGGAUAAUUUCGACUAUUUGACGAGAGACUGGUCUAUAUUGGGUCCGCAUCAUUUGGACGAAUUUGUCAGGUUAUGGAGUGAGUAUGAUCCGGACGCAAAAGGAAGAAUAAAACAUUUGGAUGUGGUUAAUUUACUACGGAAAAUAAGUCCGCCAUUAGGUUUCGGCAAGCUAUGCCCUCAUAGGACAGCAUGUAAACGUCUCGUGUCGAUGAACAUGCCUCUCAAUUCUGAUGGUACUGUAAAUUUCAACGCGACUCUGUUCGCAGUGGUGAGAACACAAUUAGACAUCAAAACAUCAGGUGUAAUUGACGAGUGUAACACAGAAUUGAGGGCAAUCAUCAAAAAGGUCUGGAAGCGAACGUCGCACAAACUUCUGGAUCAGGUGGUUCCCCCUCCAGGAGAUCCCAACGAAAUCACUGUCGGCAAGUUCUACGCUACAUUCCUCAUUCAGGAUUACUUUAGAAGGUUCAGGAAACGUAAAGAACAAGCGGCUGCAGAGUCGCAGCAGACCAAUCAGAUCAAGACAUUACAAGCUGGUCUUCGGACCUUACAUGAAGCUGGCCCUGAACUGAAGAGAGCCAUAUCAGGGAAUUUGGAGGAAGUAGUAGCUGAGACUGUUGAGCCGAUGCAUAGGCGUAACCAUACGUUAUUUGGAGCCGUGUGGACUUCAAUCAAGAAACAUGGCCGGGAGAGUUUCUAUGGAAAGGACAAGAAAAAUAUACCACCUACUGUUAAAUUGAAAAUUCCUGAAAAACCCGAAGAUAAGCAGACACUCAGCUCCAUGAUGAGAAGGGAACUGGGAAUGGAUGGAAAAAUCCCGGAGGAAGAUGUGAGAUACGAGGAAGGAAACCAAAGUGACGGCGACGAGGAGAUCGCAAUGCAACCGCUUUUACACGAGAAAGACUCCGAAAGGAUAUUCAAGGCGAUCGAAAAAACCUCCCACGAUUUAAUCCAGAGUAUGAGAAACAACAAUCGUGACAGGAGACCAAUGCUGAACAACACAGUGCCUUAUUGUGUGGAGAAUCCAGCGGAGAAUCUUAUUACACGAGUACUGACGGAGCAGGGUUUGGGUAAAUAUUGCGACAAGGAGUUCGUGCAGAGUACCUCCAGGGAGAUGCAGGAGGCGCUCGACCUCACCCAGGAGGAGAUGGACACCGCUGCUAAUCAAAUAAUUUUACAAGAAAGAAAAAUUAACGAUGCUGAAAACACAGCGAAUAAAGUGGAGAGUUUGUUCGCAAGACAAUAUCAUCCGUUUCACCAGCCACCCAUCCAUCCACCGCCGAGAGGGAAAUAAUAUAGCUGCUUAACAUUUUUGGAUGCGAUUUUUGUACCUAAAAACGGUUGAUACCGUACAGGUUUCACCCUUCAAGGGCCAGAUAUCCGGCCGAGAAGGGUUUGUCAUGGAUUUUUGAUGAAUAUUUUGUACAUAGUUAUUUCGCUUCGGUUUGUUUUUAAACGUUAUUUGGACUGGGAAAGCGUUUUCGUUUAUAUUUGAAAAUCAUUAAAAUCUUGGUAUGUUCAAUAAUAUUUUAUUUAUUACUAGCUGUACCCGCGAUUUCGUCCGCGUGGAAUUGUUAUUUUGGGCAUUAUUGAAACUCUCGAGAAUAAUUUUCCCCGAUUUUUUUCACAUUCUCCAUUGUUUCUUCGCUCCUUGUUGCAGCGUGAUGUUAUAUAGCCUGAAGCCUUCCUCGAUAAAUGGUCUAUUCAACACAAAAAUAAUUUUUCAAUUCGAACAAGUAGUUCCGGAGAUUAGCGCGUUCAAAAAAACAAACUCUUCAGCUUUAUAAUAUUAGUAUAGAUUUGUUUAUGUACAUAAAAUUAUAUACCUACAGGUGCAUUUAAUACAGUAAUUGUAGUAAAAAGGUGCUACUUAUUUCAAUAGAAAUCUCUUCCAGUGGACCCAUGAGAGGAGAGAUGAAUUUUGGAUCAAUAUAGAGAAGAAAAUGUUGUAAUAAAUAUUAACAUUUGACUGAAAUAGUUAAAACUGCCUUGGCCCAAAAUCGUUACGGAUUCAAAUGGAGAAGCUAUUUUUAUUUAGGUAUGUUUUUUUGUUUACGAUUCAAUUUAAGUAUGGAAAUGUAAAUCAAUUUUAUUAUAAAUAGAUAUUUAUUAAAUGUAUUUAUCGGUUUCCUUGAUGGCUUGUUUAUAAAUAAAAAAUGCGUGAAAAUACGAAAAUGCUUUCCUUCGUCAUUAUUAUUAUUAUAUAGAUCUACGAAGUUAAAAUGGAUUGUUCAAUUUUUUAUCCCACUUUUCCGAUAUUAACCUACUCUGAUCAAAAUGAUUUUAAAUGUCUUGUAUAUUUAUUUUAAGCAAUCCUUGUUAUUUUUAUGUGUAUAAAUUCAAUCAUUUAGCAUAACAGCUGAACGUGGCCUAUCAGUCUUAUCAAGACUGUUGGCUCUGUCUACUCCGCGGGGGAUAUAGGCGUGACGUGACGUAUAUGUAUGUAUGCAUGUUAAUUCAAACAAACACGCAGAAAAAAAUGUGGUUACUAAAAUUCAAUUAUAAACUUGUUCAAUAUCAGGAGCAUUGAUUUUGUUCAAAAGUAAUAAAUAAAUAAUUUAAGUUAUAUAAUAACUCAUUGUACAAAAGUCCAGUUUUAAGCAAGCACUUUUUUAUAUGUAUUUUUGUAUAAGAAAUAUUAAAUAUAUUCAAAGUAUGUACCUAUAUUUGUACACAGUGGCAAUGUGCCUUAAUAUUUAUUGGAAGUAUGUAACGCCGAAUGAUUAAAAGUGUGCCAAAUUAUUUAAUGCCUUAAAUUGUAUGUGUAUUUUAUAAUCUACACAUUGUAUUUUGUAUGUUAAUUGUAAAGAGUAUUUAAUAAUAUAUUUUUUAAAAACAGUCGUUAAGAUUUUAUUUAUUUAUUCGUUAUUAAAAUUAAAUAAUUCUUUAUUC